AGCCAACCGUGACUCUCGCCUACGCUCUCGGCCUUUAAUCCUUAUUCCUCUGGAAAGUCAUUCCAAUGUACAAUUCCCCUCUUUGAAUCGAAGCAUCGAACAGUUCAUGUCUGAUCUCGCUGCGUGAAGCUUAAAUCCAUAAUUCAGAAACCCCAAAACCUGAAAAGAAAAAAAAAUCAAGAACAACAACAGAAUUGGCAAGGAAAAAACAAAGCUUGGAUUGAGCGGGAGAUGAUACUACCUGUAGUAAAGCUCGGGACUCUCGCUUUAAAAACCGCUUGCAAACCCAUUGCUAGUCGUCUCAAGAAAGAGGCUGGUUUACAUCCCAGAUUCCGCCAAUUCAUCAUCAAUAUUGCCCAGGCAAAUCAUCGAUUCACAACCAAUAUGCAAAGACGGAUUUAUGGUCGUGCAACUGAUGUUGCAAUACGCCCAUUGGAUGAGGAGAAAGCUGUCCAGGCUGCUGCUGAUCUUCUAGGGGAGCUCUUCGUGUUCACGGUUGCAGGAGCUGCUGUUAUUUUUGAGGUACAAAGAAGCUCCAGAUCUGAAGCAAGAAAAGAGGAGCAGCGCAAACAAGAAUUGGAGGCAAUGAAACAAAAAGAUGAAGAUCUAGCACGAGAAGUUGAGCUGCUUAAACAAAAAAUUGAAGAGCUGGAACAACUAGCCAGAGGACGGGGAUUUGCCGGUUUAUUCAACCCUAGGCACACACACGGUGCCGAAGGUGUAAAAGCCAAAUCAUCUUGAUUAUUCCAGGAACCAAGCUUGACUCUGAAUUUC